AUGACAUCGUUGAAUAUCCAAAAGUUCGAUCCCACAAUCCCGAAGCCAGAAGUCGAGAGGCUAUGGCGAAAGCUGAAGGACACCCGUCUGCCGGAACAGCCUGUCGUCCCAGAUGCCGGCGCUGACUACGGUCCCCCGCUUGAUUGGGUUCACAAACUGUACAGCAAGUGGUCCAAUGAAUUCGACUGGGAAGCAGCGCAGCGCAAGAUCUCGAGCUGGAAUCAUUAUACCACCGAGAUUGAAAAUUUGCGACUUCAUUUCGUCCAUGAGACCGCUAAAUGCAACACAGAGAAGGCCAUUCCGGUAUUGCUUGUGCACGGCUGGCCAGGAAGUUGGUUCGAGUUCUCGCGCUGUAUCGAUCCCUUGAGCAAUCCUGAGGGUGAUGAGCAGGCAUUUCAUGUCGUUGUUGCUUCAAUCCCGGGAUUUACUUGGUCAUCUGGCCCUCCACGAGACUGGACACUUCAAGAUACGGCGCGGGUCUUUAACAAGCUAAUGCAAGGACUUGGAUACCAGACUUAUGUUGCGCAGGGAGGUGACUGGGGCCAUUGGGUGAUGCGGGAGCUAGGUGCACAGUAUGGGAAGACUUGCAAGGUCAUACAUACCAACAUGUGCCCAUCUGAACCAACCGUACCUAAGGAACAAUGGACUGAGCGCGAAGUCACUGCACAGAAGAUGUCAGGCUGGUGGCUCGGUAAGCCACGCUUCGAAUCUCACAUGGGCUACGCUGUUGAGAUGCGCACGCGACCCCAGACAAUUGGCAUAGCACUAUCCGAUAACCCAGUAGGUAUUAUGAUGUGGGUUGGUGAAAAGUACUAUGAGCUGGUCGAUCCGAAAUUUCAUGACCUCGAGAACAAGGAUUUCGUCGACGAUGUUUGCACCACACUGUGCUUAUACUUCUUUACCAGUCCAAGCAUCAUGACGAGCUGUCUCUGCUAUACGAACAAUGUAAGACAUGAGGACUAUGUUGACUUUAAUACCAAGCAAGAGAACCUUAUCAAGGUACCUUUUGGAUUUUCGAGUUUCCGGUAUGAUAUUUCUCCAGUGACGCAACGUACAGCGGCGACUACUGGGGAUUGCAAAUGGUUCAGAGAGUACGACCAUGGUGGCCACUUUGCAGCGUUGGAGUCCUCGAAGGAGCUGGUUCGUGAUAUGAGAGAAUGCUUUGCGGAGCUCUACCACUAG